AUGCCAGCAUUGGAAUGGGAUAACACGGGAGUGAAAAUCGAUGGUUGGCAAUUACAGCGUCUCAGCUUUGCUGAUGACAUCGUCCUUAUAACACCAAACAUCAGCCAAGUGGAACGUAUGCUUGGCGACAUCGAUAAAGCCUGUGGAAAGAUUGGUCUUCGACUAAAUCUCACAAAAACGAUGUUCAUCAAGAACGAACUGGUUUCGCAUGCCCCAUUCAAGCUCAGCGAAAUGAUCAUCUCCGAAUGCUGCAGUUAUAUCUAUUAUAUCUAUCUAUCUAGAUCGGGAAAUCAAUAUGAUGAACGACCUAGCUCCAGAGCUGAGCAGAAGAAAACGAGCGGCUUGGGAAUCUGCGUCAACGAUCAAAAAUCAAAGAUGCCGUUCUGUACACCAAACAGUCGAGGAUAA